AUAUUAUUUACCUGGAAGGUUGUUAUAUCUAGGGCAUCCUUAAUAAGCUGUUAUAGUGUUAUAGGUACGGUAUUAGCCCUACAGCAUGCUAUUAAACGGUACCUACCCGACACUAAGGAACCUGCUAAGGUAAUGGAAUCGUAUCCGCCGUUGCCGUGUUAACGAUAAUUCUCCACUCAAACAUCACGAUCCUUGUAACCAACGAUUUGUCGCAUGAAGAAUCGCAGACCCCAAAACUGGUCUGUGGUUUAUGCGCACACCGUUCGUUUUUUCUCCUCUUCUUGAUUUCUUCUUUUUUGAGACCAGGAGAUUGUUCUCUCGUGAUACCCCAACCUUCCUUUCGUUCUCUUGUAUUAACAUUUUACCGGCGUCGCUCCUCCAAGCAACUCUAUUGGCGUUUUAUUUUUUUGAUUUCCCUCUUCUGUUCUCUCUAGUUUUGCAGCAUCGUAUCGCAUUGCAUAAAAAGUUCGACACAGGCCAUAUCGAUUACACCCAAGACUCCACCACAUACCUAAAAGAUAAAGAUAAAAAGCAAAAAUGGAGAACCUUCUAUCUCUCGCCUUCGACAACCUCUCCUCCUACGACGGCCCCAAGAUCCGAAAGGGUCUGCGCCAAGUUGAGGGUCUACUAGCCAACAUCUGCUUGUCGCGAUCGCAAAGCAGUAACAGGGACCGACGAGCCUCGACCGUAAGUCGAGAUCUUGACCAACAUGACGAUGAUUCGGAACCGCUUCCUCCGAAGACUCUCGCCGAAAUUACCGACGACCCGGCUUUCUACGAGUUCUUUAAACUGCAAGAGGGUUUCGAGUGGAACGUCACUAUGCGCCUAGUUAGCACUCUGGAUCGUUUGCUAGCUAGAGGUGCCGACGGCUCUAACGACUUGCUGAUCCUAAGCGCUCUGGAUCUGGUUCAAGGUGUCAUGCUCCUACACCCGCCCAGCAAGGCCUUGUUCUCUCGAGAGAUGCACAUGAACCUCCUCCUCGACCUCCUAGAACCGGACUUCUGCCCCGCAAUCCAAUCCGCGACCGUCGUAACCCUCGUCACCGCCCUAAUCGACGCACCCCGCAACACGCGAACCUUCGAAGCCCUCGACGGUCUCCUAACCGUAACCUCGCUCUUCCGCAGCCGAGGCACAAGCCGAGACGUCAAGCUCAAGCUCGUCGAGUUUCUAUACUUCUACCUAAUGCCCGAAGUCCCCUCGAUCCCAAGCGCAAGCGCCGCCCCCGCAUUACCACCCCUACUCCAGCGCAGCCCUAGUAAGCUCGCCAAAGCAUUCGCUUUCGGUAACGGGAAUGGGAAUGGAAACACCAACGGCGGCGCAAAGAACGGUGACACCGGACGACCCCGCUCCGCAGGCGACAGUGAAACGAGAACGCAAGAGGAGAAGCAGGCUCUACUCGGUCGCCAUUUAAGCAGCGUACAAGAACUCGUGGAGGAUUUACGGCAGAACAUGCCUUUUGGCGGCGUAGUGGGCUAGCACACAAAAUCCCAAGUUACUGGCCCGGUUUCAGAUUGAUUACCUAGAUUACUAUUGCGUUGCAAAACGCUUGACUUUUGAGGACAUUGGGGUCCAAUUUUGCCAAGUUGGAAGGAUAUCACUUGAAUCCCCCUUUUCCCAUAUAAAAACGGCUCUUACUGGAAAACACUAAAUGAGAAAGCCGCCCAUAUUAAUAAUGUCUGUUACAUUGCAUAAUGCUUAUGAAAGGCGUUACGAAGGAGUUUUUCGGAAAGGAAAGGCGCGGCGUUCGUCUAUAA